AUGAGCGCGACCGAGGUUGAGACGAUGGAACCGCAGGACCAGACUCAGAGUCGCAAGAGAAACGCAGAGGUUGCAGAAAUUGAGAUCGAUGUCGAUGCCCCAGAGCCGCCAUCAAAGAAGGCUUUGCGAAAGGCUAAAAGAAUCAAGUCGACAACGAAGAAUGGCUUGGAAGAGGUGGCGCCUAGUUUAGCCACCACCACGACGACGCCAGUAGCCUCGUCUCAGGAUUCCCCCAAAAGGUCGCCCUAUGGAAUUUGGAUUGGGAAUUUGACUUUCACCACGACUAAGGAUGACCUGAUCAAAUUUUUCACCGAGAAGUCCAAAGGUCACAUUCAGCAGGGCCAUAUUACGAGAGUUCAUCUUCCUCAAGGACCACCGAAGCACGGCAAAGCAAUGAAUAAAGGUUUCAGCUAUGUGGAUUUCUCGACGGAAGAUUCCCUCAGUGCGGCACUCGAGUUGAGCGAAGGUCUCCUAGGAGGACGACGAGUCCUGAUCAAGAAUGCGAAAGAUUUCGGAGGCAGACCUGAGCGGAAAAUGGACCAGGAAGAAGGUCAGACCAAGACGGCCAGCAAGCGGAUCUUCGUUGGCAAUCUAGAUUUCGACACGACGGUGGAAGAUAUUGAGAGCCAUUUCGAAGCAUGUGGCCCUAUCUCUCAUACCCAUAUGGCUACAUUCGAGGACAGCGGGAAGUGUAAAGGCUAUGCCUGGAUCGAAUUUGAGCAGUUGGCCUCCGCCGAGGCGGCCAUGCGAGGCUGGAUAGAAGCCGGGGAUACCCUCACGGGAUCGUCAUCGGGCCCCAGAUCAGGUAAAAACAGAAUAUGGCUCGGAAAGAUCAACGGUCGGAAGUUGAGAAUGGAGUUUGCAGAAGACAAAGCGACACGUUACCAAAAGAGGUUUGGAAAGAACGCAAAGGGAACAUCUGCAGCAGCAGACGAUGGCCAGCAAGAGGCAAUAAGAGAAGUUGGCGACGAGCCAGUCGCUGAGCCGAAGAGCUUUGAUCAAAAGAGGGGGAAGCGAACAAGAAGCAGCGGAAAAUACGCAGAGGAGACGGUGCAGAGAUUGACCGGCGCCAUCAUCGAGAGUAAGGGCCAAAAGGUGGUGUUUGAUUGA